UGGGAACGGCGACCUAGUCCGCUCAGACCUGAGCGAUGGAGAAGACACCAGACCCAGACACGCUCCGGCUCGCCAGGAUGGAAGCCGAGGGGUCCCGGAACUCCUCCUCCGAGGAGACGCCACCUCCUCCUCCUCAGUCCCCGCCACCACCGCCUUCCCCAAGGUCUCCCAUGUCCCCGGAGACCCCUGAGCUCCCCCCGCAGCCCAAAGCGCCAACCGAGGUGGAAGCCAGGCAGCUGCUGGUAGAAGAAUGGGGGCCCCUGAGCGGGAAGCUGGAGCUGCCCCCCAGCAUCAGCUGGAAGCUGCUGUUCGUGGAGAGGCCGCUCUACCGCAACCUGCUCAGCUCACCCAACCCCGAAGGCAUUAAUAUCUACCAGCCGGCGCCCCCUAUGGGUCCCACCCGGAAACCCCUGAAGGAACUGGGUAAUUUCCGCGGAUGGUACAUUUCUACUGAGGCCCUCCAGGGGCCCCUCAGCUGGACCGUGAAGGAGCAGUGUGUGAACCUGCUGGCCAAGAAGCUGUGGGAGGAACUGCUGGAUGACGAGCAGCCUGACAUCACCGUCAUGGACUGGUUUGAAGACAGCCGCCUGGACCAGUGUGUUUACGAGCUGCACGUCUGGCUGCUAGCAGCUGACCGCCGCACGGUCAUUGCCCAGCACCACGUGGCCCCUCGGACCAAUGGGAGAGGCCCCCCUGGCCGCUGGAUCCAGGUGUCCCACGUCUUCCGCCAGUACGGUCCGGGAGUGCGUUUUGUCUACUUCCAGCACAAGGCCAAGAACCGCAUGGAGCCUGGGGGACUUCGGAGGACGAGGGUGACCGACUCCUCCGUGUCCGUGCAGCUCAGGGAGUGACCACCGACCGGCCUCUCCCAGCCUGAUGUGACUGAUCCUUGGGAAGUCCCUGGUG